UUUUUUCAAAAAAUGUUUUCUUUGGGCGAAGCUUUUGGAGGCCAUCGACAACAACAACACAGACACACUUUAAACGACAAUCCUCCUCCAACUUCCUUAACUUCAAAUAAUUCUGGAAGGGAAGAGGGAAUGUUAAGUGCUUUUGGUUCUCCCCCUCCUCCUCCACCGCCAACUUCUAAUUCCGCAGCCCCUCCACAUUCUCUAGCAGAUUUGGCAUCAACAGCCAAUUCGUUAUUGUAUGCUUUACAGUCUUCUCAAUCGAAUGCUGUUAUUGCUGCUAAUACUAUUUUGCAAAACUUUGUGAGUGCGCUCCCUCACCAAACAUCUUCUUCAUCUUCCUUGGGACAGAAUGCCACAAAAAUAAAAAAUUCCCAAAUCCAACAAAAAUCAUUUUCUACUUCCUCAACCACAAAUAUAGAGACAACAAACAAUAAUUCGAAUAAUCCUUUAAUUAAUGGAUUGUCUAAUAAAUACAACAAAACAACUUUAUUAGAUGAUGGAGGGAGAUAUACCCAACAAGAAAUUUUUAAUCAACAAAGUUCACCAUGUUCCUCUUCUCGAAGUACCACACCCACCCCAAUGGUAUCUUCCACAACAAACCCAAAACCUUUUAUUAAUGGAAGCAGUGACCCUCCACACUUUCAAAUAGGAAAAUUCACUCUAGCAGCUAAACUAAAUUCGAAUAAAUCUGAGGGGUGUUUGGAACUUUAUGGAGGACAACAACAAAGUAGUAAUUCUUCUGCUGAUACUCCAACUAAUGGACAACCUAUGGAAAUUAAUGUUUGCAAUGUUUGUGGCGACGAAGCUUCUGGUCGUCAUUACGGUGCUUCUACUUGCUUUGGUUGUAAAGGGUUUUUUCGUAGAACUGUGCGGGCUAAUAAACAGUAUAACUGCCGAUAUGAGGAAAAAUGUCAAAUUGAUAAAGUUGGCCGCAACAUUUGCCGUGCUUGCCGUUUCCAAAAAUGUUUAACCGUCGGGAUGGAACCAGAAGCAAUCCGUCCAGACCGCGACAAGACUGGAAAACAACGAAAUCCUCGACGCUCUUCCCACACUUUGGGUACCUCCUCUCUUUAUUCAAAUGGAGGUUAUUUUGAUGGAACUACGUCUGGGGGUACUUUAACUAUAAAAUCUCAAUCAACAAAUACUUCUGUGGCUGGAGAAUUAAAUCAAUUAAUUACUGACGAGGAUUUCUGUCAAAAUAAUGGAAUGCAAAACGACCCUCUAGCUAGACGAAGAGCCAACACAAUAAAUGAUUUGCGCUCUUUGGCAGAAGAAAUUAGGCGUUCUCAAAGAGAUCAUGACCAACAGCAAUUACAACGUAUAUCUGAAAGUGCGAGUGUUGUUAAUGGAAAUGGAGGGGCUUCGUCUCCAGAAUUUGAACAAAUGAGCCAGGAAAAGGCUUUGAUUAUACAGACACUUCGAGAGAUUGAGCGUAUUGUUUGUAUAUCAGAACAACAACAAAGACAACAAUCCCCAUUACUCAAUUUGUCUCCUAAAAACAAACAAGAAUUGGAAGAUGAUGAAAGAAUGCGUAAAGAAUUUGAUUUGGCAAUUAGAGCUGGGAAUUUGAGUGAAAUGGAUCAAAUGUUGGCUGCUUUACAACAACCCAAACUUAUCGCUGACAGAACUGAGGUGAGGGUGAUUUUUUAA